CCUGCUGAAAGGCAGAGACAGCGACGGCUUCCCGGUGUACCAGGAGAAGUUCAUCCGCGAGUGUGUGCGCAAGUUCCCCUACUGCGACGCCACGCUGCUGCAGCAGCUGGUGCGCAGCAUCGCUCCAGUUAGCAUCGGCAACGACCCCACAGCUCUGUCGGUGCUGACGCAAGCCAUCACGGGUCAGGUCGGCUUCAUGGACGCAGAGUUCUGCACCACGUGUGGAGACAAAGGAGCCCAGAAAAGAUGCUCCAUUUGUAAAAUGGUGAGCGCUCGCUUCUUUCUUGGAUCGCACGACAAGCAAACUUGCUCAUAGGCUACAUCUUUACAA